AUGUCGUGGACCUUCAUAGAUUGGUUUCGACACAUUCGUUUGGACAAUCUCGGCAGCUCACUGUCGACGCGCUUCAAGCGACUUGACGAAGUCGCGGACAUUCACAAGUUGGUCUCUGUGCGAGAAGAUAUGGUGCGCCUCGCUCCCGUCGACUAUCCUGCACAACCUCGAUAUUUGAAUGAUCUCGGCUACACAUUUAUGAUGCGCUUCAAGAAGCUGCACGACGUCGCGGACAUACACAAGUCGAUCUCCAUCCUGGAAGAUGCUGUACAGAUGACACCUGACAGCAAACCCGGAAAGAUCAUUUAUCUAAACAACCUCGGUGACUCAUUAUCGCUCCGCUUCAAGAAGUUGGACGAUGCUGCAGACCUUCACAGGUUGACCUCGGUGCGGGAAGAUUCAGUACGCCUCACUCCUGAUGGCGAUGUUGCCAAACACAUUCGUCUGGACAACUUCGGCGACGCACUGUCGAUGCGCUUCAAGCAGUUUGAUGAAGUCACGGACGUUAACAGGCUGGUUUCGGUGCGAGAAGAUACGGUGCGCCUCGUCGCUGACGACCAUCUUGCGCGACCUCGAUAUCUGAACAACCUUGGCUACGCAUUCAUGAUGCGCUUCAAGCGGCUGCAUAACAUCGCAGACAUACACAGGUCGGUUUCAGCUCUGGAGGAUGCUGUACAGAUGACACCCGACAGUAAACCUGGAAAGACCACGUACCUGAACAACCUCGGUGAUUCGUUGUCCCUCCGCCUCAAGGAGCUAGAUAAACUCGCGGACCUUCACAGGUUGAUAGCGGUGCGCGAAAAUGCAGUACACCUCAUUCCUGAUGACGAUGCAGCCAAACACGUUCGUUUAGACAACCUCAGCAGCUCGCUUUCGACACGCUUCAAGCGGCUUGAUGAAGUUGCAGACAUUCACAAAUUGGUGUCCGUGCGAGAAGAUAUGGUGCGCCUCGUGCCCGACGACCAUCCUGCACGAUCUCGAUAUUUGAACGAUCUUGGCUACACAUUUAUGAUGCGCUUCAAGAAGCUGCACGACGUCGCGGACAUACACAGGUCGAUUUCCAUCCUGGAAGAUGCCGUACAGAUGACACCUGACAGCAAACCCGGAAAGAUCACGUACCUAAAUAACCUCGGUGACUCGUUAUCGCUCCGCUUCAAGAAGCUGGCCGAUAUCGCGGACCUUCAUAGAUUAGUUUCGGUGCGAGAGGACUCUGUUCGCCUCACUCCUGAUGGCGAUGUUGCCAAACAUGUUCGUUUAGACAAUCUCAGCAGCUCGCUGUCCACACGCUUCAAGCAGCUCAAUAAAGUUGCAGAUAUUAACAGGCUGGUUUCGGUGCGAGAAGACAUGGUACGCUUCGCGCCCGCUGACCAUCCUGCACGAUCUCGAUAUUUGAAUGACCUCGGCUACGCGUUUAUGAUGCGCUUCAAGAAGCUGCGCGACAUCGUGGACAUACACAAGUCGAUUUCCCUACUGGAGAAUGCUGUACAGAUGAAAUCUGACAGCGAACCCGGAAAGAUCACUUAUCUGGAUAACCUCGGCGACUCACUAUUGCUCCGCUUCAGAAAAUUGGACGAUGUGGCGGACCUUCAUAGGUUGGUUUCGGUGCGAGAAGAAGAAGUACAUCUCACUCCUGAUCACGACCUUCGAAAACCUCGAUACUUGAACAAUCUCGGCUACGCGCUGUCGAUGCGCUUCAAGCGACUGAAUGACGCGGCGGAUAUUCGCAGGUCGGUUACCGUGCUACAGGACGCGGUACAGAUCACUCCGGACGGUGAUCCUGGGAAGGCUUCUCGUUUGAACAAUCUCAAUGAAUCGUUGUCGAUGCGCACUGAACGGCUGGGCGACGACCCUUCUCCUAAAUCAGUUUGUUGA